CACAAAAACCCAAAUCGAAGCAGAUUUUUGUUUGGCCAGUCUAUAACACUUUUGCUCGCCGAUUUCCAGAUCUCAAGUAGGGUUCUUGUUACAGGUUUCGGAUCUUUGGAUAGGCCUAGGAGAGUUUUUUAUCUGUUAAUCGAUAAAGGUUCUUACUUUAUCUCUGGUAAUUCGUAGUUGUGUUGUUUGUACUAUUUUCUCAUACAUGGGUAGGCACGAAUACGAUAGUUCCUUGGAGGAAGAAGAGAGAGCUAGAAGAAGGGAUAGGAGAAGACGAGAGAGAAGCCCAGAUGUUAGACGAUCUAGGACGGAGACAGAUGAUGUUGCUCGUCGUGUUAGGGUUUCUGAUGAUGAGGACCAUAAGAGCUCGCGACGAGAUCUUGAGAUUGGUGGUGGUGAGAGGCGCCGUGGAGAUAAGGUUAGAAAAGAGACUUCUUCCGAUGAGGAAAUAGCCAGGCGGUCGAGAAAGGAUCGGAAAGAAGUAAACUCUGGUUCUGAGGAUGAUAGAGGUAAAAAAAUUGAGGUAGAUAGUGAUGCUGAUGGUGAGAGGAGGGUGAGUAAGGGGAAAAAUAAGGAUAGAGUUAGAGCUGACACUUCUUCUGAUGAACAAGAAGAUGAUUCGAAGGGGAAUAAAAAGGAAACUAUGGAGGUUGAAGAUGAUUACGGUAGGAGUGGAAGGAGGAGAAGCCCUAAAGUCAUGGAGAAACAUGGUAGAGAGAGGAGUCAUAGGGGUAGUAGAGUUAUAGCUGAUAAACCUUCUGAUGAAGAAGAUGAUAGGCAGAGGAGCAGGGGAGGUAGGCGUGAAAGCGAGAGGAAGCGCAGGGAUCAUCGAGCAUCUGACGACGACGAGGAAGGUGAGAUAAGGAGUGAGAGAAAAGGAAAAGAGAGGAAUGAUAGAGGUAAUGAAGGUCUCUUAAAGAGGGAUCGGAGGGAGAGAGACUUGACUGAUGGGCAUGAGAAUGGGAGUCGGCGUAGGGAAAUUGAAAGGAAAGAUAGGAGUCGGAGGGACGAUGGAGUUAGAGAUGAAAAAGAAAGGAGACACAAUGAUAGAUAUGAUGAUAGUCAAAGAGACAAGGUGAGAAAGGAAGAUAGCAGGAAAAGGGAAGAGAAGAUUGAGGUUCCAAAGCCCAAGCUGGCAGAACUCAAUCCAUCUGAGAACAAUGCUAUGGCCUUGGGAAAAACAGGAGGAGUUUAUAUUCCUCCGUUCAAGCUAGCACGCAUGAUGAAGGAGGUGGAAGAUAAGAGCAGCGUAGAGUAUCAACGGCUUACAUGGGAUGCUCUCCGUAAAAGUAUUAAUGGGCUCGUGAAUAAGGUUAAUGCAAGCAACAUCAAGAACAUAAUCCCUGAACUGUUUGCUGAAAAUCUCAUCAGAGGAAGGGGACUUUUCUGCCGUUCAUGUAUGAAGUCUCAAAUGGCAUCUCCUGGAUUCACUGAUGUCUUUGCAGCCUUAGUCGCUGUUAUUAAUGCCAAAUUCCCUGAAGUUGCUGAACUUCUAUUGAAAAGGGUCGUUUUGCAGCUAAAGAGAGCGUAUAAGCGUAACGACAAGCCUCAAUUGCUUGCUGCUGUAAAAUUUAUAGCGCAUCUAGUAAACCAGCAAGUCGCUGAGGAGAUCAUAGCACUUGAAUUAGUCGAGGUACUUCUGGAUGAGCCGACUGAUGACAGUGUCGAGGUGGCUGUUGGGUUUGUGAGGGAUUGUGGUGCGAUGCUUCAAGACGUUACACCAAAAGGAUUGAAUGGGAUUUUUGAGCGGUUUCGUGGUAUACUGCACGAGGGAGAGAUAGAUAAGAGAGUUCAGUAUUUGAUAGAAAGUCUCCAUGCUACUAGGAAGGCGAAAUUUCAGGGAUAUCCGGCCGUUCGUCCUGAGCUAGAUCUUGUUGAAGAAAAAUAUUCGCACGAUAUCUCUCUUAAUCAGGAAAUUGAUCCUGAAACUGCUCUUGAUGUUUUCAAACCUGAUCCUGACUUCGUUGAGAACGAAAAGAAAUAUGAGGCUCUGAAGAAAGAGUUACUCGGUGACGAGGAGUCUGAGGAUGACGAUGGCUCUGAUGCUAGUUCAGAAGAUAACGAUGAGGAGGAAGAUGAAUCUGAUGAAGAAGAUGAAGAACAAAUGAGAAUAAGAGACGAGACAGAGACUAAUCUUGUUAAUCUUAGGAGGACAAUCUACCUGACCAUAAUGUCCAGUGUUGAUUUUGAGGAAGCAGGUCACAAAUUACUUAAAAUUAAGCUUGAACCAGGUCAAGAGAUGGAACUAUGCAUAAUGCUCCUGGAAUGUUGCUCUCAGGAGAGAACUUAUCUGCGUUACUAUGGAUUGUUGGGUCAGCGUUUCUGUAUGAUCAACAAAAUUCAUCAAGAGAAUUUUGAGAAAUGCUUUGUUCAGCAGUAUUCCAUGAUUCAUCGUCUGGAGACAAACAAAUUGCGUAACGUGGCUAAGUUUUUUGCCCAUUUACUGGGCACAGAUGCUCUCCCCUGGCAUGUGCUUGCCUACAUUCGGUUAACCGAGGAGGACACAACUUCCUCAUCUCGUAUCUUCAUUAAGAUCCUAUUCCAGGAAUUGUCAGAACACUUGGGGAUCAGGCUGCUUAAUGAGAGGCUUCAGGAUCCAACAAUGCAGGAAUCACUUGAAUCUAUCUUCCCUAAGGAUAAUCCAAAGAACACGAGGUUUGCAAUCAACUUCUUUACAUCCAUUGGUCUUGGAGGCAUCACAGAGAAUCUCAGAGAGUAUCUGAAGAACAUGCCAAGCCUCAUCAUGCAACAGCAGAAGCAAGUUGCGGAAUCAGAAUCAGGAUCAUCAUCUGGAUCAGACAGUUCUGGUUCCGAGUCUGAAUCUGAGUCAGACUCAUCAUCUUCUUCUAGUUCGGAUGAAAGCGACAGAGAGAAGAGGAAGCGAAGAAGAAGAUCUUGAAGACUGUUUUGUUUGUUAUCUCCAUCAAAUAUCUUGAAAUUUUCCCAUCUUGUUUUGGUAAUUCAACUUGAAUUUUCAUGAGAACUAACUGAGCAAUCAUCUGGUGCUGUUCUUGCAUAUCAAUUACGUAAUAACCUGAUGACAAGAGU